GAACCCUGCCAUGACAUCAAACUGAAUGUUCAGAAAGAAUCUAGAAGGACUGUAAUCACAGCUCCUUGAAGAAUUCUGGACACUUGUAUCCUGACCUUCAACAGAGAAACAUCUCUCAGAAGAAACAGAUUCACAACGACAGAAGUACCCAACAAGUACGAGCAAGACUACAAUACUCCAACAUCGCUGCAGUCCCUGUGCUCAGCCAACAUGGAGAAUUACUCAAGCAAUAUUUUUUCCACCUACCAUCGAGCCAUGACGGAUUUAAAGGGGAAAAAUAAGGAGCUGGAAGCAGAAAACACUGCUCUGAAGAACCUGAUGCUGAAAAAGGAAUUCAACUGGUCGCAAGAGAGAGAGAAGAUGCGUAAUGAGAUGGACUCAUUGGUGUCUACACUCUCCAAGACCCAAAAGAAUUUGAACAACCUGCUGAAAGAUUUUGAGACCAAAAAUGUCCAGCAGAAAGAGUUGAACACCAGGUUCAUGGAGAUGGACAAAAAGUUAAAAGAGAAAGAGGAGGAAAUCUGCUCCCUGAAGGAAAGUCUGCGUCUACAGCAGAAUGAGACCAAGAGAGUCAAAAAGCAGUGGAAGACCGAGAGUGACCGGGUCAAAGAGAUGCAGCUUUCCUUCAACAGAAGCAUCAUGCAGUUCAAUGAGGAAUGGGAGAGCCGGCUGACCGUCAGCGAAGAUAAGGCGGCCGCCGACCUCAAAGCUCUGGAGGAGAGCUGCAGCAAGAACAUGAAAGACCUCAUGGAGGAGAAGGAUGAGAUGAUGGCCAGUGCCUUCAGCGAAACCAUGGCACUGAUUGUUAAAAUCCUGGGGCACGUGGCCAAGGUGAAAUCUAUGGAGACCAAGAUCGACCAGACAGAGAUUAAAUGGCAGGCAAAAGCUGAGGCUCUGGAGCGCGAUCUCCUACAGGAACAGACAGAAAAGAAGGCCUGCCUUAAGAGAAUAGAGGCGAUGAAGAAAUACAUCAGAGAGGUUUUGGAGAGAUUUCUCGCAGAGGAAGAGUACUGGUUUUACCAGUCCAACAGGAUGGAAGAAGAUCUCGAGCUCCUGAUGCUCCAAGAUAUCGAGCUUCAGAGACGAGCUUUCAUGUCUGACAAAGACAAAGUGAAGAUGAAGAAGGAGGAAAAGAAAGCUAAGAAGGCACAAGAGAAGAGGCUGAAGAAGGAGAUGAAAGAGAGGGAGAAGCAAGAGAAGAAAGCAAAAAAGGAGAGAGAGAAGAGGGAGAAGAGGGAGAGGAAAGAGAGCGAGAGGAGAGAGAAUUAAGUGGAGAGGAAAGAAGGAGAAGAGAUAGGAGUAAACCCCUUUUCCCUUUACCCCCAACAUCAUUUCCCAAGUCCCCCACCUUUUUACCCCCUUACUCCCUCCUAAUCCCCUCUCCCAUCCUUCCUUUACAGGUCAGGAAAACCAGCUUGAUGUCACUAAAUGGUUAAUGAAUAACUUGCCCAUUCUUGAGCCCUUUCGUGUGUCAUCUCUAUGUAUGUUUUUGCUUUUCGUGUGUCAUUUCUCUACCCCUAACCCUUAUCCUAGAUAAGCCUAACCAAACCGGUGUUAAAUGACACAUGAAAAGCUUAAAAUGCAUGACAUGACAUACCAAACGUUCUUGAAAGUUGCAUAUUUAUACAUCAUCCCAUGACAUCUUGCUGGCUAAAC